AACAUACGCCACAGUCUGUGUGCGCAGCAAGACAUGUACUGUUGCUCUCAAAGGAUCUACUAUCCAUGUUCUCUGAAAUCAAAUGUCAGGACCAAGAAGGGAAUACAACCAUCUCAUCACAGCUCUGCUGACGUGAUGGACCUUUAUCUGCUUCAUCUAAAGUGCAGGACGUGGUUACCUCUGAGAUGAUGGAGGACAGGAACAGACUUGUUCUUGUGAUGGAGCAGGGUGAGGUGGAUGUGGAAAUAGGUCAAACCAAAGCUCAGCCACAGAUCAACAACGGCAGACAUAACUGGUCAAAUGGUCAGUGUGUUGUGGCAGUGCCGAGCCUCUCAUCGCUAAACCCCAGCUUUGAUCUGUCUCUGUGCCGGGCCAAACUGGAGAAUGACGGCUUCCAGAUACCAGUCAGCGACAUGGAGGCUCCACUGAAGAUAGCUCUGGACGUUCCCUCAGUCAAGAGAUACGUGGUUUUCAACUCGGCUCUCUUCCAUUUCAUAUUGGCACCGAUGCUGUAUGUGAUAGUGUGGUGUGCCUUGUUCUCCACCCUCCACCUCUACAUGACUGUCAGUGACUACUGGGUCCUCUGUCUCUCUGUCAGUCUGGUCUCCAUCUUCCUCACCACCACCAUCAUCUUCAUCCUUCAUCAUAGUAACAAAGAGCUCAACAUGAACUUAGAUGUUCGGUUAAUCCAGGUGAAUGAGAGGAUGGUGAAACACAAGCUGCUGGUGGCCGUGGCUGACUGGGUACAAAACUGCAACGGAAACAUGCAGCUGUACUUUGUGUACUGGGACAUGUCCCACUGUCUGAGGGCGCUGACUGAAACUUUAGAGGAGCGCAGCUCUGUGGCGAAUGACACCCAGAAAAAAAUGAAGAAAAAAAUGUCCCAUCUCGUCCUCACGGCUGAGAUAAAGACUGUUGACCCCGAGGUUGGUGGGUCAGAUGUGGAGGAGGACGAGGAGGUUGUGGAUGAACAGAGGCCUCUGCUGAGAAACGAGGAGAGGAACUGCCAGCGGCAGGACGUCAGUAUUGCCACCAUCUUCAGCCUCGUCCCUGACGCAUCGUUACCUGCUCAGGCUAAAGCCUACCAGCUUCUGAUGACUUACAGUGCAGCUUAUGUGAAGCUGCUGGUGUCUGAGAGGCUGUCAGGACCGACACACCACCACCCACGUUCCCAGAGGAAUCACUGUACCACCGCCCCUUUCUGCCUCUGCCAGUACAUCAAAAAGAAGAUCCUUCGAUAAGACAGUUGUCAAAACACGGAGCUGCUACACUGAACUGGUGGACUCUUUUUUUAAGACCUUUUUUAAGGUUUGCACACAUUCUCUUGAACAGACAGAAUGACAUUUUGAUCAAAUGAAGGAACUGUUUGGAGAUCCAAUGUUUUCAAGGUUGUUUCUCCAGCCAGCAGGCUACUGUACCCCCGCUGCUGUGUUCAUGCCAGCUCCACGUUUGCACCACCUGGACCUUUGUCCAUUUGGUCCCAACAAUCACUGCAUCCUGCCAAAUACUGUCACACUGAGAACACACUGAGGUCUACUCCGGCUGCUGUAAAACAAUAUUUGUACUCUUGUAUACAUGACAAUCAUGGCCUCAGUUACUGCUGUUGAUUAUUGUGAUCUGAUUUUUAGUAAAUUCUAUUGUAUUUAUAUCUGGAAGCACUUGUGCUUUACUUGAUGUUUUUAUUUUGUGCUACUUUACACUUCUACUGCACUACAUUUGUCGUGGCUUCUGUGUUUUGUUACUUCCUGUCUUUGUCUGUUUCCUGCCUGUUUAGUUCUCUUAUAUUUAGUUCUCUUAUAUCAUGUCUUUCCCUCUUUCUCUUUCUUUCAGGCUGUAACUGUCUUAGUGCUUCUGAUGGGAUUUUUCUUGGAUGGUUAGAUGAAGUCUGUUUUGACCUGGACUCCUCAGUUGCCUUUUGUUUAUUUUGUGUUAACCUACCUUUCCCAGUACAACAUGAAAAUGA